CAUGAACAGAUUGGUGUAACUUCUCAAAUUAAAACGCCUGUACGUUUCAUUUUUGAAGUUAGGUAACAUCUAAGCUGUAUUUCAAUAAUGAAGAGCUACGUCGUUUUCCUUCUUGUGCUGGGUACUACUACAGUAUCAGCCUCGUUCUGGGACUGUCGAAAUCCUAGUUUGAGUUGCGCCUCUCCUGGAACGUGCGACGCCAACACUGGAUCAUGUACUGGCUGUGCAAAUAAAGGUCAUGACUGUAAUUUUGACCUUGUCAAUAAGGAUCUGAACGACUGUACUUCUGCCAGCUGCCAAAACGGAGCCUCGUGUUCUGAUUCUGCUUUGGGAGACUCGGCUGUCGUCUGCUACUGUCCACCGGAAUACAUGGGAGCCACAUGCGACACAAAGCGCUUCACUCUUACCUGUGAAGAGAACAAUAUGGCUGUGUCACUGACACCUGAAUUUACCCCCAAUGGCGGAGUAUACGUUUUGGGACAUUCUGAUUGCAGUGCGACUGUAAGUGGUUCUGGUCCAUAUACUAAGUCCAUACCCCACACCGGAGACAGCGACUGUGGUGAUAUUAGCCCAACAACAAGUGGGACGACAAAAACAUGGACACGAAAAGUGGUUGUGCAAGAAGAUGCGGCCAUUUUGACGACCGCUGAUUUCAUUGUUACAUUUACAUGCACAUUUGAAGGAGAACACGUGGUGUCCCACAGUGUGACGACUGUAAAUGUGGACGAAAAUACUGCUCUGGGAGAGGUGGAUGGAACGGACGAUUUCGGGACUGUGUCACUGACGGCUUCACCUGGUAGCACGACUCUCGCUAUCGGGACAGAGGUCACUUUCGUAUUCACAGGAGCUGAAGGAAUAGCAAAAAUUCUCAUAUAUGACAUCGAAAUUUUGGCAACUGGCGAAACAGCAAGAGACAUUUAUGAAGAUGGAUGUGUCCUGGCCGGUACAGAAGCAUACAUUGCUGCCCCGCAUCCAUUUACAAGAUCUAGCAAUAAGAAGGAAGCUGAAGCUCAUUUGCUUGUUGUGAAGUAUAAAGAUGUCAGUGAUUUACAGUGGAUAUUCACCGUGAAGACAUGUCUUGGUAUCGACCUCACUCCAUGCAACGCACCAGUGUGCUCAAAACGACGAAGACGAGCAGUUGAACAAGCGGCAGACAACUCUACCAAAGUUGUCAACUACAAGAUCAACGUGGUGGAAUCCCUCCAGAACACCGUCGAUAAGAGUCAAACGGAAUGUGUGGUAACCAACAAGAUGACGGCGGCAGUGGUUGCCAUGGCAGUGGCCUGUUUCAUCCUCCUGGUCAUCUGUCUGGUGUUCAUUGUCCGCGUGUUGUCCAGACGCAACAGAGCAGACAGCAAAGAGAAUCUGUCUUAAGCAGCUCCACGGAACUCCCUGUAUGACGACCACCACACAAAGCAACUCGUCUUUUUACGUAUACAUAAUCAGAAAUUCAUAACCCCUUGCCUGUCUCAAGAGUCCUGACAUAAUUGCAGAAAUGUAUUGAUGACAUAUGAACUGAAAGAUCAAGCUGUGUGAUAUCUAAUAAAGAAGAAACAAAAGUUUAAUUUUAAUUUUAAUUAGCAAACAGAUAAAAAAAAAAUCGUGACUGGCCAUCGAUAUAUUCACUCUGUAUUGAAACUCAUUCUAGAGGGCUAUGUUGCUAUACUGUAAAUAACACUAUGUGGGCUCGUAGGAAUGAUGUGUAGUGCGGGACACAAGCGAAGUUUAUAUCUAAUUUAGAUGACUUCAAAUACGAUUUUACCAUGUAAGUUUUAAUGAUGUUGCGACUCCGCUUUUUUAUAGAGAAAGGUUUAGUUUUGCUUUUUUGUGUAUUCUUUAUAGUUGCAUAAUAACCUUUGUUGGUGGCAUUUCGUCAGAUUUAUAUUUUUUACACAGAGCUUUUUAAAAUAGUAUUUAAACUAUACCUUAUAUAAGCACAUUUUGCACUCUUUUAAAUUCUGUUAAAUUUUCAACAGGAUUCCGUAGAAUUUCAAGUUAUUUUUUACCAUUGUCAGUUUUGAGGGUAUUCGUCAAUUUUUAUCAUUCUGGAUUCCACUGAAAAUGUUUUCUUAGUUGUAUUUUAUGUUCUUAUUUUCAUUCCUUAGUUGAUUACUAAUUUCAAAGCAACUAGCACAUGUUGGGUUUAUGUGACAUGUCAUCUUAGUAAAUCUGUGUAAUUUUAUUACCGCUAAUAAAGUUUAGUAAACAGGCAAAAAGAAGUUUAAACACUAUAUAAUUAUCCAAUACGUAGUUUCAUUAGUCUUGUUAUUAUCAAUUUGCACCAUAAUAACUAGAAACCAGGUGGUCCUUUAUAUUGAAAAAAGACAAGCUCCCAGUUAUGAUCCAACUUUUACAGUAAUCGAUUACAUUUAAACACAAGACAUAAUACACUAUUGUAAUCAAAUUAAAUACAUUACACAAAUAUGUGUUACAAUCCUAAACAUUAGGCAUUGUGCCUUUGUUAACAUGAUUAUAUAAAUAAUGUUUUAAUACAAUAAACAAUGUUCGUAUAGUAAGCAAAAUUGUAUAGGUAAUUACAUUUUCACAGAGGGUUAGGAUUAAAUAACCAAAUGGUGUUUAAUGUAAUACAAAGAAAUGUUUGAACUCGUUUUGGUAAUUUGUUAGGAUAAAGAUAAAUAAAGAUGCUGCAUUCAA